CCGGGAAAUGAUGCUUUUCCUGCAAGCAAGCAUAUAUUACACGUCCUACGAACACUAAGAAAGGAACACUACUCUCAGGCAGAGAUAGAUCAACUCUUUAUAUCUGCUGUUUUACCUAAUUUUAGCUAUGCGCUUUCAGUCUAUCGGGGCAUCGGAGUCCGAUCUUACGGUUAUACAAAAUUUUUAAGAACGAUACCAUGAACGCCGUUUUAUUUCAUUUCCAGUUUUUAUCAAGAACCUUUUAAAUAAACAAGACGGAAACAUUUUAAAGAAAUUAAAAUCAACGGAUUGCCACCCACUGAAAGAUAUCAUUCCUGUCCAGAAGACUUAUGUACAUAAUCUUAGGAAAAAAGGCUGCGCACGCCUGAAGAUCAAUACAGCGCGUUUUAUGAACACCUUUGUAAAUAGGUAA